UCAACAAUCUGAAUGUUACCGACAGAAACUUAUUUUACUUAAAAUUUUGUUUUGUUUUUACUCUCAUAAAUUUAUUCCACAGAAUUAUGAUUUAUUGUGAAUACAUAUUAUCGUGUUUGUAUUACUUUGAUUUAAGAGAAAUAUAUUAUGAUUCCUCCUUUUAGCCGUGGAGACUGGUUAGCGACCCUUGGGUGUUUACAAAUAUAUACUAAUUCAACUUCUGCUACUUCUGAGAAACUACUGAAUAAACGCGUUGGUUGACUUGAAAGUAUUGGCAUCAAGAGUAGGUUAUACUAACAAGUAAUCAGAAGUUCAAUUGGAGUUGCAUGUAAAAGAGAAACAAUUUUGAUGUCUAGGAAUUACGACAACUGGGAGAGGCUGGUGGCGGCGGUGGUGAAGAGAGAGCAGAUUUGGCAACUCUGUCAUCAAGAUUCUAUCUCCACCAUCUGCGCCUCUGACUACUCAUCAGAUCUGGAAUUGGGUUUGCCCCUUUCACUUGGGAGCUUCCACAUUGCUGCAACUUUCGAGUUGGUUCAACACCUCAACUACGGGAAAACGGAUCUGGUUCGGCUGUUGCGGGAUGUGCAGGUGUCGGACCAGCAAUGUUUUCGCUCGGGAAGUAGAGCUGUCAUCAAGUUAAUGGAUACUGCAAGCAUAACAGAAUAUGAAUUCGAGCAGCAUAUGAUUGUGUUGAGAGAUUGUAAGCAUGAAAAUGUGGGCACACCAUGGGCGUACCACUUGUCUGAGGAGAGGAAGCUCAUGGUCUAUGAUUACUAUAGCCAGGGAAGCGUGUUUGAUAUGUUUCGAGGAAAUGGAAGUAGGCCUGAUUGGGAAAGCCGCGUGAGAAUUGCAGUAGGUGCGGCGCGCGGAAUUGAGCAUAUCCACGCACAGUGUGGAGGGAAGCUGGUCCAUGGAAACAUCAAAUCCUCCAAUAUAUUUGUCAACUCACAAGAGUAUGGUUGCGUGUCUGAUAUUUGUUUGGGGGAAAUGGCCCAUCACUAUGCCUCGAAGCAGGAAUUGAGGAAGAGUGAUGUGUACAGCUUCGGAAUGUUAUUGCUGGAACUUGUUAUUGGCAGAUCACUCGUGCACUCGCCUUACAUUGUUCGCCGACUUCGUUUGUCUGAUCCAGAUACAUUGGAUUUCAAUGGCUCCUGCUAUUUUGUGGAUGAAGUGGAUAUGGAAGAUGCGAAGCUAGACAAGUUUCCUUUUGUAGAUCCAAAUCUGGAUUCCUCGUCCGUGGAGCAGGAGUUGCGGAAGAUGUUGAAGGUAGCAAAGAUUUGUUUGGGUGAGUUGCCACAACACAGGCCUACCAUGUCUCAAGUGGUAUUACAACUUGAGCAGCCCAUCAUCACCUCUGACUACUCACCACCCGAUUACUCACCAUCUCACAAAUCUGGGGACAACACCAAGACCCGAGUUUGGAAUAGAAUUUUCCGAUAUCCAACUUAUUUAUUUUAUCAACUCCCUGCAUAAAUUUAUCUUGGAUGCUUCACAACAUAUUUCUUCAAUGCUUGUUUUUAGCAUAAUUUCAUGAUGAUAUUAGUAUUGUAUAAAUUAUCUAUAGAACGUAAUUAAACAAUAAAGUAAAAA